UUGUAACACGAAAUAUGAGGCUCAAUUUACAAAUGAUGCUACCCACGUCCACCUUUUCUCUUUUUCCUCUCUCCAUUAUUGCAUACAUCCAUCCAUCCAUACACGUCCUUAUCAUGCAUUCCUUUUUUAUAUUCUUCUCUAAAAACAAUAUUGUCUCCUUUUCUCUAACCCCCUUCACCUUUUUCUUUGUUUUUUCCAAUUAAAAAAGAAAUAUGCCUACCAUAUCUGAAAUCUCAUCUUCCUCUUCUCCAUGUUCAUGGCAAUUAGAAGAUGAAGCUAUAAUUUCUUCUCCUUUAAAAAUUCAAUUGGUUUCUAAGUCAGUAUCAGAGAGGCUGCUCUCUAAAUUCUCUGAUUUAACAGAAUUUGAUUUUGAUUACUCUAAGAGUGGAUUGUGGUCUCCUCCAAUCGAAAGAAGCCACGUGUUAUCAGGCUCACCAACUGGGGAAAUACUUUCGCACAGACAAAUGACUGCUAAAUUGAAUAAAGUAUUGAAGAGACAUCAGAGAAGAAGACGUUGCUUCAAUGCAUGUUUAUGUUCUCCAAAGAGAUUCUGAUCUGAAGCCAAAAGUAUUUUUGCAAGAUCUUCGAUUUAUUGAGAGACUAAGAAAAUGGAGGAAAGUUCUUUUAGUUUCUAACUACUAAUGUAAUUACGUAUUAAUUUAAUUAUUAUAUAGAGGAAGGGAUAAUUACUUGA